AUGAUCAGAAAUGGUGCAAAGUAUGUGGCUACUAAGCGUGGACCACAGAACAAAUGGAGCGCUGAUUCAAUGCAGCAAGCCAUAGCAGCUCUGAAAAGUGGGGAGGUAACCAGCUUUCGAGAAGCACAAACAAGAUUCAAUGUGCCCAGGAACACCCUUAUAAGGCGUUACAGAGGACAGGUCGAUGAAAAGGCACCAGCACACAAACCAACUGUGCUGACCGAAGAUGAAGAAGGCAGAAUUGCGGAAUGGCUCGUUGAAUGCGAGGAAAAACUGUUCGGCAUCACACCAACACAGGUGUGUGAGGUUGCUUACAAUAUCGCGGAAAAGUCAGGGAGGCCUCAUCCCUUCAACAAGACGACGAAAAAAGCUGGCUAUGACUGGUUGAAAACGUUUCAGGGAAGAUAUAGCCAUCUUUCCAUAAGGAAGCCUGAGGCACUGUCUGCAGCUCGAGCCAGAGCCAUGAACGAGAUUGUUGUAGGGAGAUAUUUUGAUUUACUUGAUCAAACAAUGGACCGACUAGACUUAAAAAACAAACCAGCACAAAUAUAUAAUUGUGAUGAGACUGGUCUUUCCUCAGUCCAUAAGCCGCCGAGAAUCAUGGCCACCAAGGGAAAGAAGCAAGUCCAUUCGAAGACAAGUGGAGAGCGCGGGUUUAACACCACUGUCAUGGCCUGCCCGAAUGCUGUGGGGAACUAUAUCCCUCCAUUUGUUAUCUUCAAAGGAUCGCGGUUGUCUCCAGCACUGACGUGCAAUGCUCCACCAGGGACACUGUUUGCUACAUCGGAUACAUCAUACAUGAACAUGGACCUGUUUUAUAACUGGAUCCAGUUUUUCGUGAAGCACAUACCACCUGCCCGUCCAGUAUUACUCAUAGUUGAUGGUCAUGGGUCCCAUAUAUCCAUUGGGACUUUAGAAUAUGCAAAGGAAAACCAGGUUGAACUACUUUGUUUGCCACCCCAUACAACCCAUUGGCUGCAACCUCUGGAUCGCACAGUGUAUGGCCCUUUAAAGGUCAAUUAUGACAAGGCAUGUGCCCAGUAUAUGCGAGAGAAUCCAGGGCAGAUUGUUACAAGAUACAAAUUUUCCGGCUUAUUUAGACAAGCGUAUGGAAAAGCCGCUACAAUCGCCAAUGCUAUCAGUGGUUUCCGGUCAACAGGCAUAUACCCGUUUAACCCUACUGCAGUACCACAGAAGUCAUUUGCUCCAUCAAAAGCAUGGGCCCCCGCUCCCGCCCUCGCUGUAGAAGAGAACAUUCCAUCUACUCAAAAUGAACCAGGGCAAAGCGUGUCCUCGCUAAACGUGCCGGUUGCUGAUCCAAAGCCUAUAUCGGCUCCAUUGAGGGGCACAUCACCAGUACCCACUAACCCAACACAGAGCACACACAGUGAUCUUGAAGAUCAACAUCAACAACCUGCCAGAGCCCCACAACCACCAUCAGUACACAUGCCUUCAACCUCAUCCACCCAUCGUGCACUAGCUACUCAAGAACCAGGUAAUGAUUGGCUUGCAGAUUUACUACAGGUACCAACAGCUAUUGUAACCAGAGGCAAUAGAAAAAGGCAGACCACGACUUAA